AUGUGCUGGUCCUUCAACACCACUUGCGCCUUCGCCGCGUCGUACGCGGUCAUAAUCGCCGCGUACAAGCUGGUCGGCCGCCGCUCCUGGCGCUCGCUGGCUUUCCACGUCAACCAGCUCGCGAUGGAGGGCUCGCAGGCGCUCAACAUGCUGGCUCUUGCAUCCACCUCUGAGUCCCGGAACAUGCUCAUCGGAGCCUCGGCGGCGUUCAGCCUGACCGUGUACUUCUUCAUCCCAUUUGCGCUCCUCCUCACGCUUACCGCUCCGGACGCGGUGGUCGUCAUGAAACACACGUACCCGAGCGCGGGGCCUCACCGAAGCCUGCUCCACCACGGCAGCUACCAGGCGCUGCUCGCGCUGCUGACGGCAUACAUGAUCGGGGAUGUCUGGCUCGGAUCGCUAUUCGGGAAGGCAUGCCCGCCCUCCUCGGCCAUCCCCUCUUCUCGCCCGCACCUGCCUUGGUUCAGAGUCUGCGAUUUCCUCCCCGCUAUGCACUCUUCGCUUCACUCCAGCUGGGGUGUUCUCCUCAACCAGAUGCCGGAAGACACAUGCACGUGCCCCCGCACCUCACUUGGCGGCAUGCGCACUGCGGAUCUGUAUUCGGCCUGCUCCGCUUCGACAUUGCCCCCACGCGCUGCCGCAGGCAUGGGCUUCGACCUGCUCAUGGGCCCCUCGCACCACGUGAUUUGGAAGUACCGCCCGCUCGUCUGCACGGACGGCUUCCCUUACGCCUCCCCCAACGCGGGCACUUGGUGCGCACUGUUUUACGCGAUGGUGUUUCUGCCCGACCUCGGUAAGCCCGGCUGCGAGUGGGCCAUCGUCGCGUGCCUCGCCCUCGCGUCCAUUCCGGCUACAUCUCGCUCCUCGAUGGCGGCACGAGCGAAACCAUCUCGUACUGGUGCUGGACAACCUACUUUUACAUUCUGUUCCAGCCCUACAUGGACACGGGCGCUACGUGCUGGCCAUGGUCCUCAUCCCGCUCCCGCUCUGCGCCGCAACUUACGGUCUCGAGCUGCUCUUCAAGGCGCCCUGAUCUCGCCCCGUUCGCCCCUUCGCCCCCCCCCCCCCCCUUCUCACUGUCUGGGGUUUGGCAUUUAACCCGCGCCUCUCACAUUGACUCUCCCUCGACUCCCAAACGACCGGUGAGCAAGGCGUCGAAUCAAGGGGCGUUGCCAGCCACCGCCUUCACGCCGCUGUCAUCCCACAACCCGGCAGGGGCUCGACCCUCUCGACCCCAGCCACGUUGCGUACGCCGGGAUCGGGCUGGACGGCUGGCGCCCAUCCUGCGCCGCUGUCUGAGACUCGUCGGCGCGGGCCGCGCGGCACGCGUCGCCUCGAGCGCGUCGCGCGGAAAUACGCGUGGGAAACACGAGGAGGGCGACCACCCGCCAUAGCGCGGUACCGACCCCACGACUCUCGUCUCUCCCUACGCGCUGGACCGCGGACCGCGGUGCAAACGCGUCUGCACUCCGCGUUUUUGCAUCGUCACCAAUUGAGGGAGUUUAGUGGCAUGUGCCGCAUGUCGGUGCAGCUGCUGAGU